AUGAAACAUGUUCUGCCUGAUGAUGACAAUGGUAGUAGGGUAAUCAUCACAACACGAAGUGAGAAGGUUGGCGCUUCCUACAAAGACAGCUCGUUUGAUCAUGUUCACAAGCUAGAACCUUUGUCUAAAGCAAUAUCAUGGGACAUUUUUUGUAGAAUAUCUUUCCAACGUAAUCUUGAAUUUCAUUGUCCUCCAGAGUUAGAGGAGUUGUCCCUUAGAUUCACUCGAAUGUGUGAUGACAUGCCUCUUACAGUGGUAGUGGUAGCUAGUUUUUUGUCAAUGAAAGAGAAGUUAAUUUCAGGAUGGAGAAAAGUGUUUGAUAGUAAUCAUUAUCAGCUUCAACCUAAUACUGAGCUUGUGAAUGUUACUAAAAUUUUAGCUCUGAGCUUCCGAGAUCUACCUUCCCAUCUAAGAUUAUGCUUUUUGUAUUUUAGCAUUUUUCCCGAGAACUCUUUGAUUUCAAAUGACAAGUUGUACAAGUUGUGGAUUGUUGAAGGCUUUGUACAACAACAUAGAGGAUUGACACUAGAAGAAAUUGUUGAACAAUACUAA